AUGGCUGCCGCACCACAAGGAUUGCCAGAUAUGUCCAAUGCGAUCGUCGCCCAGGAUGAAAUGGGCAGACCAUUUAUAAUUGUGAGAGAUCAAGGUAAAAAACAAAGAAAACAUGGUAUAGAAGCAACCAAAUCACAUAUUUUAGCUGCUAGAUCAGUGGCUUCAAUUGUGAAAACUUCAUUGGGACCAAGAGGUCUUGAUAAAAUUUUGAUUAGUCCGGAUGGAGAUAUUACUAUUACUAAUGAUGGUGCUACAAUUUUAACUCAAAUGGAUUUGGAUAAUCAAAUUGCUAAAUUAUUAGUUGAAUUGUCAAGAUCCCAAGAUGAUGAAAUUGGGGAUGGUACUACCGGGGUUGUUGUUUUAGCCAGUGCAUUGUUGGAUCAAGCAUUAGAAUUGAUUGAAAAAGGUAUUCAUCCAAUCAAGAUUGCAAAUGGUUUUGACGAAGCAUGUAGAAUUGCCGUCGAUCAUUUAGAAAAAGUUGCUGACAAUAUAUUGAUUGAUGACAGAGAUAAUCUUUUGAGAGCAGCAAAAACUUCCCUUGGUUCCAAAAUUGUUUCUAAAGCCCAUGAUCAUUUUGCCAACAUGGCUGUUGAUGCCGUUAUGGAUGUUGCUGAUUUAGAAAGAAGAGAUGUUGAUUUUGAAUUGAUUAAAAUGGAAAAGAAAGUUGGUGGUUCUAUUGAAGAUUCUUCAUUGAUCAAAGGUGUAUUAUUAGAUAAAGAUUUCUCCCACCCACAAAUGCCUAAAGAAGUCAGAGAUUGUAAGAUUGCCAUUUUAACCUGUCCAUUCGAACCACCAAAGCCAAAGACUAAACACAAGUUAGAUAUUUCUACUGUUGAAGAAUUUAAAGUAUUACAAGAAUAUGAACAAAAGAAAUUCCAAGAAAUGAUUGAUUUGGUUAAACAAUCAGGUGCCAAUGUUGUUGCCUGUCAAUGGGGUUUUGACGAUGAAGCCAACCAUUUACUUUUGGCUAAUGGUUUGAAUGCUAUAAGAUGGAUCGGUGGUUCUGAAUUGGAAUUGUUAGCUAUUGCCACCAAUGGUCGUAUUGUCCCACGUUUUGAAGAUUUGACUCCAGAAAAAUUGGGUACUGCUGGUGUUAUCAGAGAGUUAGAAUUUGGUACCACCAAAGAUCGUAUGUUGGUUAUUGAAGAAUGUUCUAAUACUAAAGCUGUUACAUGUUUCAUAAGAGGAUCAAACGAAAUGAUUACUGCUGAAGGUGUCAGAGCCUUACAUGACUCCCUUUGUGUUGUCCGUAAUUUGGUCAGAGACAGUAGGGUUGUGUAUGGUGGUGGUGCUGCCGAAUUGACUUGUUCUUUGGCUGUAUCAGAAGCUGCUGAUAGACAAAAAGGUAUUGAUCAAUAUGCUUUUAGAGCUUUUGCUACUGCUUUGGAUACCAUCCCAAUGACCUUGGCUGAAAACUCAGGUUUAGACCCAAUUGAAACAUUAUCAUCAUUGAAAGCUAAACAAGUCAAUGAAAACUCAUCACAUUUGGGUGUUGAUUGUCUCGGUAAAGGUACUAAUAAUAUGAAAGACUUGUUUGUUAUUGAUCCAUUGAUUGGUAAAAGACAACAAUUGUUAUUAGCAACACAAUUGACUAGAAUGAUUUUGAAGAUAAAUGAUGUGAUUAUCAGUGGGAAAGACGAAUAUUAA